AUGGCUCCCAAAGUCAACAAACGGGCAAAAAUUUCUGCUAAAUCCAAACCAUCCGUUGCUGGUCCAAUUUCUACUGGAUUAGGCCUGCAAGUUGAUGCAACUUUCCCAAUUAAAAAGUCCAAAGCCUUGCAGUUGCCCCUUGAAUUGCUAUUGGAAAUCGUCACUUACUUCAACGCCUUCCCAAGUGAACCGGUUGGUUUCUACGAUAGGCGUUACUUCGACCGUGAAGCUAGCAAAUAUCUCGAACGGACUGAUGCUCUUCGCAGUCUCUCUCAAACAUGCAGGCUUUGGAGAUAUAUUUUUCUCCCUUUGCUAUGGGAGAGACUUGACGUGCUUGCGACACACUCUGAAUCAGGAGCAUGGUAUCAAGUAUUUGGCGAAACGUUGAUCAGGAAGUGCUUCCUUGUCACAGAAAACAGGGAUAUUGCAUCGCACGUACGGUCUGUGUCAGUAGUUCUUUCUCGCUAUUCAGCUUCCACGGUGCUUCCUGCCUUUGUGCGUGGAAUCGAGGCACUGCCGAACUUGAAAACACUCUAUAUUGCGACUGCCCACGACAAGAUGUCAACGGCUCUCAAAACGGCGUUCGACGGGCACGUUUUCUCCCAGAUAGAAACCGCCAUGCUUCCUACCUACGCCCAUAAUAUCCUGAGAUCGUGUCCCGAAGUCAAGAAAGUCGUUUGCGUCGAUUUUAUGGACGCAAGCAAAUUAAUCAGUGCAAAUGCAAAGUGUUGCAAAAAGGUGGAAGAGAUUGAACAGUUCGCGUUUGAGGGGGAGCGACAGAUGAGACGUCUGGUAAAGGCAGCACCGAACCUCCGCUCGAUUAAAUUUCAACGCUCUAUUGAUGUGGCGAUACUGAAGCCUCUUGCUGCAUUGAGAAACCUAUCUCAUAUCACCUUGCAAUCUAGUUGUACGACAUUUGAAGACGCAUUGAAUCAUAGCUCGGAGAUGGCCUGUGUUAAAGCGGCAAAAGACAUUCUGAAACAGUCCAAAUUUGACGGUCCAAAGUCUCUGGUGCUAGAACACUACUCAAGUAUUUAUAUUAGAACCCACGAUCAGAGGAUGUGGUCAGAAAGAAUUGACUUGUAA